AGGGAAGAGAAAAAGGCUCCAUGUUUUACUCUGAUAUUCCCAAAGCCGAUCCUCCCGUCCCUGUUGACUCCUUGUCUCUCUCUUUCUCUUGAUACUACCAAAACAAACCCUAGAGGGAUCCAGAGCGAGCUCAGCCAUGGCAGCGCCGAGCUGGAUAUGGAGCCUCUCGCUGGCCGUCAUUCUCGGAUUUGUCAACGGCAACUCCGAAGGAGACGCUCUGUACACGCUCAGGCGGAGCUUAUCAGAUCCCGACAACGUCCUUCAGAGCUGGGAUCCUACCCUUGUCAACCCCUGUACUUGGUUCCACAUCACUUGCAACCAGGACAACCGCGUCACCCGCCUUGAUCUUGGUAAUUCAAAUUUAUCUGGACAUUUGGUACCUGAACUCGGGAAGCUAGAGCAUCUACAGUAUCUGGAGCUGUAUAAAAACAACAUUCAAGGAACUAUCCCUUCGGAGCUCGGUAACCUGAAGAGUCUAAUCAGCUUGGACUUAUACAAUAACAACAUCUCCGGGACAAUUCCAUCUUCAUUGGGGAAAUUGAAGUCUCUUGUGUUUUUACGGCUUAAUGACAACAGGUUAAAUGGGCCUGUCCCCAGGGGACUCGCUGGUAUUUCAAGCCUCAAAGUUGUGGAUGUCUCAAACAAUGAUUUGUGUGGAACUAUUCCAACCAGUGGCCCAUUUGAGCACAUCCCUUUGAACAACUUUGAGAAUAAUCCUCGGUUAGAAGGUCCAGAGUUGCUGGGGCUUGCAAGUUAUGACACUAACUGCUCAUGAGAUGUAUGAUGCUGCAAAACCUCAACCUUGCAUGGAGUUAGAUAUGUGCUUCAAAACUGGAAGUGAAUUACUCAGUGUAAUGGGAUUGGUAGCAAAUUCAGUCCCUUAUAUAUAAUUAUUUGUAAAUUUUACAGCGACUACUACUGCAUUGUUCUGCUCUUUCCAAGAUGUUCAAGACAUUAAUAUGUAUUGAUGUAAAGUAGAGAAGAGUUUUACCUAA